AUGAUGAUGAUGAUGAUGAUGAUGAUGAUGAUGAUGAUGAUGAUGAUGAUGAUGAUGAUGAUGAUGAUGAUGAUGAUGAUGAUGAUGAUGAUGAUGAUGAUGAUGAUGAUGAUGAUGAUGAUGAUGAUGAUGAUGAUGAUGAUGAUGAUGAUGAUGAUGAUGAUGAUGAUGAUGAUGAUGAUGAUGAUGAUGAUGAUGAUGAUGAUGAUGAUGAUGAUGAUGAUGAUGAUGAUGAUGAUGAUGAUGAUGAUGAUGAUGAUGAUGAUGAUGAUGAUGAUGAUGAUGAUGAUGAUGAUGAUGAUGAUGAUGAUGAUGAUGAUGAUGAUGAUGAUGAUGAUGAUGAUGAUGAUGAUGAUGAUGAUGAUGAUGAUGAUGAUGAUGAUGAUGAUGAUGAUGAUGAUGAUGAUGAUGAUGAUGAUGAUGAUGAUGAUGAUGAUGAUGAUGAUGAUGAUGAUGAUGAUGAUGAUGAUGAUGAUGAUGAUGAUGAUGAUGAUGAUGAUGAUGAUGAUGAUGAUGAUGAUGAUGAUGAUGAUGAUGAUGAUGAUGAUGAUGAUGAUGAUGAUGAUGAUGAUGAUGAUGAUGAUGAUGAUGAUGAUGAUGAUGAUGAUGAUGAUGAUGAUGAUGAUGAUGAUGAUGAUGAUGAUGAUGAUGAUGAUGAUGAUGAUGAUGAUGAUGAUGAUGAUGAUGAUGAUGAUGAUGAUGAUGAUGAUGAUGAUGAUGAUGAUGAUGAUGAUGAUGAUGAUGAUGAUGAUGAUGAUGAUGAUGAUGAUGAUGAUGAUGAUGAUGAUGAUGAUGAUGAUGAUGAUGAUGAUGAUGAUGAUGAUGAUGAUGAUGAUGAUGAUGAUGAUGAUGAUGAUGAUGAUGAUGAUGAUGAUGAUGAUGAUGAUGAUGAUGAUGAUGAUGAUGAUGAUGAUGAUGAUGAUGAUGAUGAUGAUGAUGAUGAUGAUGAUGAUGAUGAUGAUGAUGAUGAUGAUGAUGAUGAUGAUGAUGAUGAUGAUGAUGAUGAUGAUGAUGAUGAUGAUGAUGAUGAUGAUGAUGAUGAUGAUGAUGAUGAUGAUGAUGAUGAUGAUGAUGAUGAUGAUGAUGAUGAUGAUGAUGAUGAUGAUGAUGAUGAUGAUGAUGAUGAUGAUGAUGAUGAUGAUGAUGAUGAUGAUGAUGAUGAUGAUGAUGAUGAUGAUGAUGAUGAUGAUGAUGAUGAUGAUGAUGAUGAUGAUGAUGAUGAUGAUGAUGAUGAUGAUGAUGAUGAUGAUGAUGAUGAUGAUGAUGAUGAUGAUGAUGAUGAUGAUGAUGAUGAUGAUGAUGAUGAUGAUGAUGAUGAUGAUGAUGAUGAUGAUGAUGAUGAUGAUGAUGAUGAUGAUGAUGAUGAUGAUGAUGAUGAUGAUGAUGAUGAUGAUGAUGAUGAUGAUGAUGAUGAUGAUGAUGAUGAUGAUGAUGAUGAUGAUGAUGAUGAUGAUGAUGAUGAUGAUGAUGAUGAUGAUGAUGAUGAUGAUGAUGAUGAUGAUGAUGAUGAUGAUGAUGAUGAUGAUGAUGAUGAUGAUGAUGAUGAUGAUGAUGAUGAUGAUGAUGAUGAUGAUGAUGAUGAUGAUGAUGAUGAUGAUGAUGAUGAUGAUGAUGAUGAUGAUGAUGAUGAUGAUGAUGAUGAUGAUGAUGAUGAUGAUGAUGAUGAUGAUGAUGAUGAUGAUGAUGAUGAUGAUGAUGAUGAUGAUGAUGAUGAUGAUGAUGAUGAUGAUGAUGAUGAUGAUGAUGAUGAUGAUGAUGAUGAUGAUGAUGAUGAUGAUGAUGAUGAUGAUGAUGAUGAUGAUGAUGAUGAUGAUGAUGAUGAUGAUGAUGAUGAUGAUGAUGAUGAUGAUGAUGAUGAUGAUGAUGAUGAUGCUGCUGCUGUCGGAUUAA